GGAGGAGAGGAACAUGCACUUCCUGUGCAAUGUGUGCUCAAUUGAGUUCACUCCACUUCUUUCGUAGCGUGGAAAUAGUUUUUUCCGGUUCUGCGUAGAGGGGGAAGUGGUACUGGUGUAUAGUUUGGAAAAACGAAGAGCUACUUUGCAACCGCCAUAAAUGUGGAUUGUUUACAUCAGUCGGAAGAGCCGUUCCUCCUUCCCCGCCUCCCUCCGAGCUCAGCCCAGUUAUCAGCGGCUCCCUCCAGCUUCCCAUCGCCGUAGAUAGCGUUAGUGGAGCGGGCUAUGGCCCUACUGCUCUCCCGGCCUUUAUGAGCUGCCCAUAGAGAGGCGUGUGACACAAGUUGCCUGAUCUACACGCCUGAAACACCGUAAGAGUAUCAUACAGGAAAUCAGGCAUUGAAUCGCAGCCUUGCACACUACAUGGUCUUGUGAUCUUGAAGAGUGGAUGUGCAGUCCAAGCUGACCGAGACAUGGCUGUCCUCAAACUCGCCGACCAGCCUCCGCUCAUCCAGGCUAUCUUCAAUGGAGAUCCCGAGGAGAUCCGAACCCUCAUCUACAAGUCUGAAGACAUCAAUGCUCUGGAUGCCGAGAAGCGUACGCCGCUGCACGCCGCAGCCUUCCUUGGCGAUGCCGAGAUCACAGAGCUCCUCAUCCUCUCUGGGGCCCGGGUCAACGCCAAAGACAACAUGUGGCUCACUCCCCUCCACCGCGCUGUGGCCUCUCGUAGUGAGGAGGCGGUGCGCGUGCUCAUCCGCCACUCUGCGGACGUGAACGCGCGCGACAAGAACUGGCAGACGCCGCUGCACGUGGCGGCGGCCAACAACGCGCUGCGCUGCGCCGAGGUCAUCGUGCCCCUGCUGAGCAGCGUCAACGUGUCGGACCGCGGCGGGCGCACGGCGCUGCACCACGCUGCCCUAAACGGCCACACCGAGAUGGUGAACCUGCUCAUCGCCAAAGGAGCCAACAUUAAUGCCUUCGAUAAGAAGGACGGUCGGGCACUGCACUGGGCCGCUUUCAUGGGCCACCUUGACGUGGUGUGUCUGCUGGUGAGCCAGGGGGCCGAGGUGGGCUGCAAGGACAAGCGGGGCUACACCCCUCUGCACACAGCUGCCUCCAGCGGCCAGAUCGCUGUGGUCCGACACCUGCUCAACCUCGCCGUAGAGAUAGACGAGUCCAACGCGUUCGGGAACACGGCGCUGCACGUGGCGUGCUUCAACGGACAGGACGCCGUCGUCAGCGAGCUCAUCGACUACGGCGCCAACGUGGGCCAGUCCAACAACAAGGGCUUCACGCCGCUGCACUUCGCUGCCGCCUCCACGCACGGCGCCCUCUGCCUGGAGUUCCUGGUCAACAACGGGGCCGACGUCAAUGUCCAGAGUCGGGAUGGGAAGAGCCCUCUGCACAUGACGGCCGUGCACGGGCGCUUCACACGCUCCCAGACCCUCAUCCAGAAUGGCGGGGAAAUCGACUGCGUGGACAAGGACGGCAACACCCCUCUGCACAUCGCCGCCCGCUACGGUCACGAGCUGCUCAUCAACACGCUGAUCACCAGCGGAGCCGACUGCACGCGGCGGGGGGUCCAUGGAAUGUUCCCCCUCCACAUGGCGGCCCUGAACGCCCACUCGGACUGCUGUCGGAAGCUGCUGUCCUCAGGCUUCGAGAUAGACACCCCCGACAGCCUCGGGAGGACCUGCCUACACGCUGCCGCCGCGGGAGGCAAUGUGGAGUGUGUGAAGCUGGUGCUGAGCAGCGGGGGGGACCACAACCGCAGGGACAAGUGUGGCAGAACGUCCCUCCACUACGCGGCAGCCAGCCGGCACUACCAGUGCCUGGAGACCCUGGUGGCGUGCGGGAUCUGCAUCAACGCCACCGACCAAUGGGGGCGCUCGGCCUUGCACUACGCCGCGGCGUCCGACCUGGACAGGAGACGACGGCAGAACCUGGAGCCGGAGAGCGAUGGCGUCCAGGCGGAGAGGGAGAAGGAGGCGGCGCAAUGUUUAGAGUUCCUCUUGCAGAGUGGAGCGACAGCCAGCCUCAAAGACAAGCAGGGCUACAGCGCUGUGCACUAUGCCGCUGCAUACGGACACAGACACUGUCUGGAGCUGUUGCUGGAUAGGGGCGAGAGCCACCAAGAAGAGCCAGAUUCCCCCAGUGCCAGGAGCCCUCUGCACCUUGCUGCCUACCACGGCCAUGCCCAGGCGCUGGAGGUCCUGCUGCAGGGGGCGCGGGAGGUGGACCAGGGCGACGAGGCCGGCCGGACGCCCCUGGCGCUGGCCUCGCUCCGGGGACACACGGACUGCGUCCACACGCUGCUCAGCCAGGGGGCGUCGCCGCACGCCGUGGACACCCAGUACGGCCGUUCGGCCGUCCACCUGGCCGUGAUGAAUGGUCACACCACGUGCGUACGCCUCCUGCUGGACGACCCCGACAGUGCGGACCUGGUGGACGCCGCUGACUCCCAGGGCCAGAGUCCUCUGAUGCUGGCCGUGGCCGGGGGUCACGUGGACGCGGUGUCUCUGCUGCUGGAGAGAGAGGCCAACGCCAACAUGGCCGACAACCAUGGCCUCACGGCCCUGCACCUCGGGCUGCUGUGCGGUCAGGAGGAGUGCAUCCAGUGUCUGCUGGAGCAGGAGGCCUCCGUGUUGCUAGGCGACGCGCGCGGCCGCACAGCCAUCCACCUGGCGGCGGCCCGGGGCCACGCCUCCUGGCUGAGCGAGCUGCUGGGCAUCGCGUGCUCGGACCCCCCCUCCCUGCCCCCGCUGCAGGACCGGUCGGGCUACACGCCCCUGCACUGGGCCUGCUACUACGGUCAUGAGGGCUGCGUGGAGGUCCUGCUGGAGCAGAAAGGGUGCCGCUGCAUCGACGGGAACCCCUUCACCCCCCUGCAUUGCGCUGUGGUGAACGACCACGAGCCCUGCGCCUCCCUGCUGCUGGAGGCCAUGGGGUCGGACAUCACCAGCUGUAAAGACGCCAAGGACAGAACCCCCCUCCAUGCAGCGGCCUUCUCGGGUCACGUGGACUGUGUCCAGCUGCUCCUCUCCCAUGAUGCACCAGUCGAUGCCGUCGACCAAUCGGGCCGCACGGCCCUGAUGAUGGCGGCGGAGAAGGGCAGAGUCGGCGUGCUUGAGGUGCUGUUGACCAGCACUGAGGCCAACCUGAGUCUGACGGAUAAAGACAGCAACACGGCCCUUCACCUGGCCUGCAGUAACGGAAAGCAGGACUGCGUCUUGUUGAUCCUGGAGAAACUGGCCGACGCAGCUCUCAUCAACGCCACGAAUGCAGCGCUGCAAACACCCCUGCACCUGGCUGCCCGCAGCGGGCUGAAGCAGGCGGUGCAGGAGCUGCUGACACGGGGCGCCAGCGUCCAGACGGUGGACGAGAAUGGUCUGACCCCCGCUCUGGCUUGCGCUCCCAGCCGGGAGGUUGCCGACUGUCUGGCUCUCAUUCUGGCUACCAUGAUGCCUUUCUGCUCCCCUUGCAGCUCCGGAGCUCCUUCCCCAGGCUCUCUCCUGAGGCAGCUGCCCCCCCAGCACGCGGGCAAGGCCCCUGCGGGGGGCCCCUCUGGGGCCGCCGUCACCGCGGGCCCCCGGGCCCCCCGCAGCCCCAGGAACCCCUCGGGGCCAUCCAGUGAGGGGACCACCGAGAACGACUCGGAAGACUCCGAGACCUUUUGACACCCCCUGUCCCAAAAAGACCGCUUCGCUCCAUCCCUUUACCCCGCCCUGCCACCCGACCGCCUCCCCGUCUCGUCCCCCGUCUUGUGUGUCCCGGAGCACACCAGCCUGCACUCUCGGCCCUCCUACCUCAAAGUGUUCACCUAACUCUAGACACAGCCGCAACGCCAGCGUUUCCUCUCUGCGUACCACAUGCAAGUCCCCGCACAGCGAGGGCCGUCCCAGGCGCUGCACGUCCCCCGUAACGGUUCAGCACUCGAAGGACCGCGCUCCACACGCACCCUACAGGGACACGGUCAGCCCGUCGCGGCUCCCCCUGGAGCCGUCGGUGCCACGUCCGGCAAGCGCGCCGUCGACUCGUCAUUUGGAUGGGAAACGCUGGCGUGAUAAUGAAUGGAAGGCCCUCCCAAAGUCCUCCGUAGUUUGGCUGCGUCCAAACGAAAAGAUAACUAGGUUCAACGCCCGACGGCGAAAGGCUCGCGCAAACUCCCCCGUUUCACCGAAGAAUGAUGUCGUGUGUAAGGAAAUUUGAUAACUCACGGCAAGUUGACGCGGCACUGGCGGGGACGCGACGCAGCAUUUUCAGUGGAGCCGUUGAGUAAGAGACAACAGCCUCCAUGCGUGUUCUCCACCGGCUGACAUCCAUCAGGGUCGGUGCGCUAAAGCCCCUGAGGGGAUGGUCUACGGCCGGACGCGGGAUGCUCACAUCACAACCUUUUGAUUACGUCAGAGCUCAUUUUGAUUUGAAGCCCCUCCUGUGAUGGGUUAAGGUGGGGGUGGGGGUGGAGCAGGUGGUGUUGCAUGCUCGUGUGGUUGCUCUUGUUCUUGUUCUUCUCUCCCACGGUGCCUGAAAUCCAAACUGACCGUGGUACUUCAGUCCUCACGAGACCUGCCUCAGACACCCGUCUGUCCGUAGAGAAACUAAGCAAAGUAAAAAGAAGCCAUUUUGUAACCAGCUGCAAACCGAAAAAGACGUGUAACUUCCACCUUUGUGUGUGUGUGUGUGUGUGUGUGUGUGUGUGUGUGUGUGUGUGUGUGUGUGUCUGUAAGUGUGUGUCUGUGUGGCGGGUGUUAGGUUGAUGAUUUAAAACUUUGACUUGUAUGCAGAAUUAUUUAAUUAAUGCUUGAGGCUCCAUGCAGUUGACAAAGAGGUACGUAGAGUUUGAAAACCUGUCAAUGGAAAUGUUAUCCCAAAACAAGCACAAAUGAUAUUUAGAGGUUUUUGGGCGGCUUUAGGCCCAGAUGUGAGGAGUUUGGUCCUUAUGUUGUUUUUAUGUCCUUUUUUAAAAGCAAGUGUCCAUACUGGGACAUGUGGGCUGUUGGCUCUGUAACAGAAACCAGGGUAUGCCAUGUAUUGAUAAACACAAGGGUUUGCGGGGUCAUUUUUUGCAGUGUUAACGGGGGGAUGUUUAUCUUAAUGUGCACAGCCUAUUCUGUACACUUUUUUUUUUUAAUAUAUAUAUAUAUAUAUAUAUAUAUAUAUAUAUUUAGAAAGCUCUUGGGACCUCGAUCUGAUUCUGCAUUGUUGAUUGUCCCACACUGAACUUCCUCCUCGUCCCACUGCUUCAGUAUAUCUUAGGUGGCCAUCAUCAGCCAUUGUUCCAUUUUCUUAUGUACAAUUUUAGCUGAGAAUUCCUUCUUAAACAAAAGCUAUUUUGGGUCCAUUUUAGCAAUUCCCCAAAACAAUUGUUCAGCUGAAUAUUUAUUGACGAAUACACCAAUGGUACAAACACUGCCAGCACUUACUUGGUCAAUAUAUAGCACAGGACCCCCCCAUCACUUUUCCCUCCCCUGUCUUACCUUUGGUCUACCAGCUAUGUGCCAGUGUGUUGCACCUGUCCAGUGCCUUGUGUGUCUCUGUUCUUAUUUUGUAGAAUGUCCACCUGGGCCGAAUGCUGAUGUCAUUUUCUGAAUGGGAUGCUUUUUCAGUUACGUGAGAGGUUACUUUCAGUUGCAAAGGGUCAAGGGCAAGAGGUGGUCAUCCCUCAUCGCGGGACCGCUCUGCACAUCUACGAGGCUUUGAUGUGUGUGUGUGUGUGUGUGUGUGUGUGUGUGUGUGUGUGUGUGUGUGUGUGUGUGUGUGUGUGUGUGUGUGUGUGUGUGUGUGUGUGUGUGUGUGUGUGUGUGUGUGUGUGCAGAGAAUAAUUAGUUAUUUUAUUUCUUUUGUAUAUUGUGUCGUGCACAGAUCUCCAUCGGUGAAAGAAAAUGGGACGACUUUAUUCCCAGACCCCAAUCCUCCACACAAUAUAAAUUCAGAAAGCGAGAGAGAUGAAGUGUGUAAUUCAGCAUCAGCCUGCCUCCCCUCAGCAGGGGGGGGGUCUUAAGUCUGCCUCCACAGGGAACACGCAACACAAGAUCAACGGCCCUCCGCCACUGUUGGACUGAGAACCGAAUGGUCCGUCACAUCUAGAGGAUGGGCUUCACCGGUCGCGACAAUCACCGUCUUGAGUGGUCGUGGGUGUGUUUGUGUGAGUGUGUCCGAUGUUUUGCUUUGUUUUCUCUACACAAGUUCCUAUUGCAGUAAGAUUGCUGAUGCAGGAUUGCGAUUCCUGAUGCAGUGAGAAUGCUGUUUGUCAGCUACCCUUUGUUUUAUAUGAAGUGUACAAAAAUAAAAAAAAUGAGAGGUUUGUUUAAACUUACCACCGAAAGUGUGUUUCUGAAAAUAAUGUGCGAUAUAUAUAUAGAGGAAUCAUUCCUCUUAUACACAUCUUACUAAAGGAUCCAUAGAAAAGUACACUGGCUGUAAACUGUUAUAUUUUAAUAUAUUCAAAUUUGUUUGUAAAUAUGCACAAUUUAAUAGUUACCAAAAGAAUAUUCAUUCAUGUUGUGUAGUGGUCUGUCUGUGUCCAAUUGAUGUCUCUUCCUCAAAGUUACUACAAACCAAUGAAUGCAUGGUUAACUUAUUUUGGAAGGCUAUUAUUACUGAACACAACAGGCCAUUACAAACAUACCUUACAUUGGCUACUAUUGUGAAAGUAACAUCAAAUGCUAACCUAUGCGCACCGGGGAGCAGGGCCAUUUCUGGCCAUCUAGGAGCCCUCCGCCGGACAUGCGUUUUUAAAUUAGAAGUUUUGAAGAAAGCAAACUACUGUCUUUGUUGUUGCUCACCAUUUAGCCUAUGUAUUCCUACCUUUCCUUCUCUCGACAACCCACCCACCGUACGGUUCGCCUUUUAUGACUGAUUUUACAUGAAAUCUCACGUAAGUAGUACUAAUUUGAUUGGUGACUUCGGGGAACCGAUUUUUAUAGUUAGAAACGGACCUUACUUCUCCCUUCCACCCCUUGUCCAUCCAACUGCUCAACACUGGACAAGUCGUCUUCAACAUGCAAAGUAUUUAAGGAUGUUAAGAAGUAUUACUCUUUAUGCCUCCAUGGGGGAAUAAUAAUAAAAAAAAGUAGGUCACAUCUUGUUGUCACAUCGUACAUAUUUCCAACGUAAAAUUGCGAGCAUAGGACUGAAGAGCUCACAAGCUAGCUGGUCACUUGCGCUAUAGCCCAAUAAAUGGUGGGUCUAACACGUUUUACACAUAUAACUUAAGGAUCGUCCGAAUCUAUUUCCUUCAAAGAUACAUUUUGUUGACCUCUCCCUCUGUGACUUGGAAACAAUUUGUCAGGCGAGGCAGUAUUUAUUGCCAUAUCUUGAGAUAUAUUUUUGGCCAGGGUGUCACACACAGGUUUUUUUGUUGAAGUUCGUGACCUAAACUGUCCACUAGAUGGAGUAAGAGUGGUAGCUCCCUAACGUUUACAUUUAUCUUGCGCUGAUAAAGGUUAUUUUGGUUCAUCAAACCUUUACCAAAGUAACCCGGUACAAUCGCACACGUAAUCUUAGUUGGGAUUGACGUCAGUCAGGAGUAAAUAGUGUUAUUUCAUCACAACAAAUGAAUUGUACUUCUCUAGCGUUCUGGUUGGCGCAUGUCAGCCUACGUCAUCAGUUAGUGCCAAGUAGGUCUUGGAUUGAAUCAUGAGUCUAUUAGUGUCUUUUGGGCUAAAUAUAAGUAGUGUAACAGGGCUAUAUGUGGUUUACAAUGAGUGGUGUAUAAUUUAUUAGGUUGUUCUGUUACUUAAUUUGUAAACCGUCUGUGAGAGUGACAUACCUGGAGAAGUGGUCCGUAGCACUGACAGUAUUCGGCAUCGCUUCUCGGCCUUUUGGCUAAGAUCAAGUGUAGUAUCUGUUCUUAUCAGUUUAAUAUCUGAUACGUCCCCUACCCGGGGACCAUAUAUUAAAUUGAUUUUUGGAACUGGGAGAUGGAAAAGGGGCUUGCUCCGUCCACUCCACGCAUCGACCUGGUAUUGCAGUACCUCCAGGAACGGUGCACC